AUGGAUAUUAACUUCCAACAGAAGCAGAAAGGAAGGAUUCCUCCCUUGAGCAGAACAAGAAAAGCUCAUGUAAGAAACAAAAGCAAUGGCAAUAACAAAUUUGUUGGUGUGAGACAAAGGCCUUCUGGGAGAUGGGUAGCUGAGAUUAAAGACACAACAAAGAAGAUUAGGAUGUGGCUUGGAACUUUUGAAACUGCUGAAGAAGCUGCUCGUGCCUAUGACGAAGCUGCCUGUCUUCUACGCGGAUCUAACACACGUACCAAUUUUGUCACUCAGCAUGUCUCUUCGAAUUCUGCGCUUGCUUUUAGGAUUACAAAUCUUCUCAACAAGAAGAAAAAUGCAAAACAUGAACCUACAGCCUCUUCUACAAGUAGCAAAGUUGCAGCAACUGCUCGUAUUAAUGUCACUAGUUCUAUUUCCUUUAAUAGUCCUACCAAUAGUAGUGAUCACGACUCUUCUUCAUUUUCUUUGUCAUCUUCUUCUUCUUCUUCUUCUGGGAAAUUAAUAGAAGAUAGCCAUUUGUUUGAGGAUGUAUACAGGCCUGAUUUGAGCAGUUGUUCGGGUUCUUCUCAAUCUGGCAUGGCCAUGACAGGGAGUUUUGAACAAGUUCCUGAUGUCCAUGAUCGUUUUUCAUUCUUGCCAGAGAAUUCAGAGAUUGAUCAGUUAACAGAAUUUGAGCGUAUUAAAGUUGAAAGACAGAUAUCAGCUUCGCUUUACGCUCUUAAUGGUGUGCAAGAAUAUAUCGACACAGUCUAUGAUACUACUGAAGAACCUUUCUGGGAUCUUCCUCCUCUAUGUUCUUUGUUAACCUAG